CUGCUAUUAUUAGUGAGUUCCUUAUCAUCGAAGACGCAGUUUUCACUAUGUUUUGGGAUUUCAGAUCAACUUGCAAUAGAAAUUGUUAGCGAUGGAACAACGAGCGGUGAUGCCGACUCAGAAGUUCCCGACGAUCACACUCGCACCAUUGUGCUCAAGAAAAAGGGAGCUGGUGGUCUAGGAUUGUCCAUAAAGGGUGGCGCGGAGAACGCUCAAAAAAUGCCUAUUGUCAUAUCCAAGAUAUUUCCAGGAAUGCCAGCCGACCGGUCCGGUCAAUUGUAUGUUGGUGACGCAAUUGUGGAAAUAAAUGGAGAGCCUGUAGAAGGUCGGUCACACGAUGAGGUUGUGGAGAUGCUAAAAGCGGAUGUAGACGAGCUUCGUCUCGGGGUUCGACACUGCUCCAAUAUUGCCUCUUAUCUAAGACCUGCACAGUCUCUUCAGCCAGGACGGUCAGGUGGCACACUGGACAAGAUCUAUGAGCCAAAUACAUGGAAGUCUGCAAUGAAAGCACAAUCCGAUCUGGUGAUAUACAAUGGAAGAGAGAGAUCAACGGGUCUCGAAGGCAAGGACGAGAAAUGGAAAACGAUAACUGUGAUUCCCCUUCCAAUGGCAUAUCUCACUCGAUAUCUUUGGGGUACGGAUAACAUCAGAACAAAUUCCUUCGAAGUGCGUGCAGUAGACGGGUCGUCUACUGGUAUCAUACACUGUGAAGAUGGCCGAGCCCUUGAGCAAUGGAUCGGACAUAUAAAUAACCAUAUUCAAUCACUCAAUCAAAAAAGCAUCAAGAUGAGCAACAAGUACUUGCAUCAAAGCGAGCAGGUGUGUACUACUCUUCAGACCGUUUUUGAACAAUUAUUUUUUGGCUCUUCGCCAAUAACUUUUCAAACGUCACUCCUUUUUUUCAGAUUUCAUAUAUAG